GGAAACAAACGCACUAUUUCAAAUUUGAAAUAUUUAAUUGCCAAACACGCGGAGGGGGGGAAUCAAAAAUAAUUGGGGAACUGUAUGGGUAAAAGGAUGAUACAUGUGUAUUUCCAUUUACUUUUUUUCAAUGUCACCUCAUCCCUCUUUCGUAAAAGAAUAAGGAAUGAUGUGUGCUUACUUUUGUCUUAUGUAAGACCCAUUCCAUGGACUCGUAUCAGAAUCGUUUUUCUAACCAUUUCUCUUUCUCUCUCUCCCAACCUAAUCUGUCUUUCUAUUUGCCUGUAUUUUUUGCUUUUGCUUUUGCUUUUUCCCGUUUUCUUAUCUCUUGCUCGACAUAUUCAACUGCGGUCCAUGCCCUAUCAUAAUUUUUUUUUUUUUGCCGCCGAACUUUUUUUGACCUCCGUCCCCCCUGUAUUCGCUGGUAUUUUUUUUCUUUAUCUCUAUCAUUCACCCUGCAUUUUUUUUAUCUCCUAUUGUCUGCCUUUAUCAUAUCUUUUGUUCUCUGUUUCUCCUUUUUAAAACCGUGGUCUUUUCUUUUUAAACCUGUCCUCUCUCUUUUUUUUUUCUUCUUUCUUCUUUUCCUCAUUCCUAUUUUGUCUAUCUUGACACAUAUACCCUUAGUUUCUCAUAUCUUGUACUUUUACUAUUCUUACUCUUGUUCUCAUUCCUUCCAUCCCUUCUCGCUCCUCUUUUUCUCUAUCUUUCUC